GCCCCUCCCCCGGCCCAAGGAAUGGGUACCGGGCCGGGGCGUCUCACCCCCUGAUCCCGAGGUGCAGCGUCGCUGCCCGCUCCCGUGCAGAGCUGGCGCUGGGUCGUCCUCUUAGCGCAACCAGAUCCUGCCUCCUGGAGCCCUGCAGGCACUGAGAGCCGUCCGUCCCGCAGUGGCCCCCCAGGCCUCCCUGCAGCACCCCGUAAUGCAAUUCACCGGGGCCAGGGAGGCGGCGGCAGCACCUACGGCGGCGGCGGAGGCGGCACUGCCCCAACCUAGAGACGUCUAGAAAGAGGAGGAACAUGGCUCCGAGCAGGGACCGCCUGCUGCACUUCGGGAUCAAGGCGACAAUGUUCUCAAACAGUGAUGAGGCGGUAAUCAAUAAAAAACUUCCUAAAGAGCUCCUGCUAAGGAUAUUUUCUUUCCUGGACGUUGUUACCCUGUGUCGCUGCGCUCAGGUCUCCAGGGCCUGGAAUGUCCUAGCUCUGGAUGGCAGUAACUGGCAACGGAUAGACCUGUUUGAUUUCCAGAGGGACAUUGAGGGCCGGGUAGUGGAAAAUAUUUCAAAACGAUGUGGAGGCUUUUUACGAAAGUUAAGUCUUCGUGGGUGUCUCGGAGUAGGAGACAAUGCAUUAAGGACCUUUGCACAGAACUGUAGGAAUAUUGAAGUACUAAGUCUCAACGGAUGUACAAAGACAACAGAUGCUACCUGCACUAGCCUUAGCAAGUUCUGCUCCAAACUCAGGCACCUCGACUUGGCUUCCUGUACAUCAAUAACAAACAUGUCUCUCAAAGCUCUGAGUGAGGGCUGUCCACUGUUGGAGCAGUUGAACAUUUCCUGGUGUGACCAAGUAACCAAGGAUGGCAUUCAAGCACUAGUGAGAGGCUGUGGGGGUCUCAAGGCCUUAUUCUUAAAAGGCUGCACUCAGCUAGAAGAUGAAGCUCUCAAGUACAUAGGUGCACAUUGCCCUGAGCUGGUGACUUUAAACUUGCAAACUUGCUUACAAAUCACAGAUGAAGGUCUCAUCACCAUAUGCAGAGGGUGUCAUAAGUUGCAGUCCCUCUGUGCCUCUGGGUGCUCCAAUAUCACAGAUGCCAUCCUGAACGCUCUAGGCCAGAACUGCCCUCGGCUUAGAAUAUUAGAAGUGGCCAGAUGUUCCCAGUUAACAGAUGUGGGCUUCACUACCCUGGCCAGGAAUUGCCAUGAACUUGAAAAGAUGGACCUAGAAGAAUGUGUGCAGAUCACAGACAGUACGUUAACCCAGCUCUCCAUACACUGCCCUCGGCUUCAAGUAUUGAGUCUUUCUCACUGUGAGCUCAUCACAGAUGAUGGAAUUCGUCACCUAGGGAACGGGGCCUGCGCCCACGACCAGCUGGAGGUGAUUGAGCUGGACAACUGCCCACUAAUCACCGAUGCAUCCCUGGAGCACUUGAAGAGCUGUCACAGCCUUGAGCGGAUAGAACUCUAUGACUGCCAGCAGAUCACCCGGGCUGGCAUCAAGAGACUCAGGACCCAUUUACCCAACAUUAAAGUCCACGCCUACUUCGCCCCCGUCACUCCACCCCCAUCAGUAGGGGGCAGCAGACAGCGCUUCUGCAGAUGCUGCAUCAUCCUAUGACACUGGAGGUGGUCGACCUUGGCGAACUGAGUAUUUAAUGACACUUCUAGACAUACCGUGGAGUCUCUCCGGUGGAAGCAACCCCAGCGUUCUGGGCAAGGUUACAAAGCGAGGGCAGCGUCCAGAUCCCCAGAGCCGCACAUACACAGGCACAUGCAUCCUCACCCCAUCUGCUGUGGUUCUGUGACCAUGGCUCUGAUGUUCAUACCGGCUGUAACAAGUGGGUUGGUAAAACCUAACCAUUCCCUUUGGACAUGCCCAGAAGCAAUCGCAGGCCAUGGUAGAGGGAGGGGACAUUCCAGCAGAGCCCAGUGUUACUGCUAAUGUGGUUUCUUUAUUUUAUUAAGGGAUUUCUGUGGGGGUUUUGAAACAGUAACUAUGAUCCUCCAGGGUGAGAGGUAGCAUGGAAAACAAUAUAUGGUGUGUCCAGGGACCAGAAAGAAAACUUCUCUGCAUUGUAGAAAUGCUAGCCAUCCAUUGGGAGAUGCCUGCCUGCGAGACUGACUUCUGGGCUUCCUUGUUCCCAUGCCGACAUGCUGAGCAUGCUCACAGAGAAGGCUCAUCCAAUUCAUCUGGUGUUUUAGUAUUUGACCCAGAGGAUUUUUAGAGGCUGCAUUGAAAUCACUGGGGUCCAAGUAGAAUUCCUUUUCUUAUCUGCUCAGUUUGUCACUGUAUGUCACUGCACCCGUCUUCUGUUCUCUCGCUCACUGCCCUCCCUCCAGUCUGUCUGUCCUCCUCAGGAUGCUGCCCACUCGAUUGUUACUAUGUUGCUGUUGUGUUUACAGUUUGCAUUUUGGAUGAAUUAGUUGGGGUCACCAAACAUUUUUAAAAGAAACAUCAAUAAAUAUUUUUUUAAUCUAACUUUUACCGUCAGGGGACCCUGCCUGAAUCUUUGCCAGUCUGGAAAGAAAUUUUAACAAAAGCAGGAAAGUUAUGAUAAGAAAUAGACUGUUUGGAUGAAAAGAAACUUUUCUUUUGGUUUCUGUUGUAUCCUGUGCUGUAUGCUCGUUUGCACGCUGUGCGCUGUCCCCGGAGUGCUGUCCUGCGUAUUUCCUUCCUUCCAAACUCUCUGAGCUUACUAAGACAAGAGAAGUGCAUUUUAGUGUGUAGGGUGGGUGAUGAAUCCCCAAGCUGAGCCUGGAUGUCCCUACUGCCCAAGCUCAAGCACAAAUGACCAACAUCCUGUGCCAGCAGGCAUGUGGGUGUGACUCUGCCUGUGUCUGAGUUACCUGACUGAGUUACUUGCUUUGCGGCAGUGCUGCUGGGGUAGGGGCUGCUGCCGGUUUCUUGAUUCCCCUCCCACAUUUAAUCCCAUAAGGGAUACAAGAAGAGCUGGCUGCCUGUGUGUUAACAGAAGACCUGAGCAUCUCAGUUGUCUCUCUGUAGACUUCCUCUGAAAGGAGAUAUGAAGGCAGCCAGCUAGGAGCACUGGGGCAGCCAGAGAGCCUGGAGAGGGAGUGGGGGCUCAGAGUCUGUACCAAGCCUGGGCACCUGACACCAGAGCAUAGGGAACAAGUCUAGUACCUAUGGCUCAGAGUCAAGAAAAAGCAAGAGAAAUGAGUUUCUAAGGCAUAUUUCUAAACUCCAAUGGUAGAAGCCUUGUGUGAUAUUCAUUAGGGUAUCGGGGGAGAGGGGCUUUCAGGACAUGGAUGUGCAAGCCUAUGAUCCUGGCUGUUUUAAUGUAUAGGUGCAGGCUCUGCCAGAAUAUAUAGGAAUAAAGUCUGAUAUAUUUCUCCAUUAAUGUAGAAAACAAUCAGAUGAAAGGCCCUCAAAUGCUAUACUACCACAUUUAUUUAUCGUAUUAAACAUAUUUAAAAUCUUAUUUUAUUAUGCUCUUUUGAAAGCUAAAUUACUUGUGUUUUUAUUCCUUUUUCUUUGAACAUAAGUUCAAAUUACCUUGAGAGAAAUCUCUUUUCCUCUGAGACCGACCUUCUUGUUACAUUGCUCACCUGACUGGUCUCAGUCACCUGACUCCAGUCACCCUCCACUUUAGCCAGCAGCACCCUGAGAGGCUGGGACUUGGCUGGCUAGUCCUGCUUUACCUUACAGGGAUAUUUGCGUACCUCCUACCCCAAGACAAAGUCUACUCUGUAGCCGGGCUGGCCUGGAAUUUGUGGUUAUCCUUUUGUCUCAGCCUCUGUAAUCCGGGGAUUAUAAAGUUAGGCUCGGCGCACACUUACUUGUAUACACACUUGCAGAUGUAUUUAGAUGUAGAUCUUCUAGGUCUUUCAAACAAAACCAAAAGAGGUUGAGGGACCAUCAACUCUUAAACUAUGUUGUUUUGUUUUGUUUUUCCCUAAGUGCCUAACAAGUUGACAGUGAGACCUGAACACUGAGCAGGUAGUGCACUCGGAUUCGAUUGCCCCAGUCCGAGUCAUUCGGGUACUUCCUUUUUUUUCCAUUAAAGUUUGAGUGAGUCCCUUAAUUACUAGUGUUUCAAAAGUCUUGAAAGUGCUGUCUGCCUUCUCAGAGUGUAUUGCAGCGCGCACUGCACACACACACACACACACACACACACACACACACACACACACACACACACGUUCAUUGGCUUUGUCUUGGUGACCCCUGCUGGUAAGGCAAGAACACAGGUCCAAAGGAGGGGGUACAGCACUGGCUGCAUUCGAUCAGGCGGGCGUCAUGUUCCUUUCUUAAGUAACAGCGGGCCCAUCAUGCAUGGAGGAGUAGAGAGAAGCUCCCUAUGCAUGGAUUACUUGUAAGAAUUCGAUAGGGUUUUGGUUUGGUUGGCUGGGUUUGAGUUUGUUUUUAGGACCGUGGAUGGAACCCAGGGCCUUCUCAAGCAUUCAGCAAAUGCUCGACCACUGAGCUAUAUCUUCCGCUCUAGUAAAGUUUAACAUGAAAAAUGCCUUUUUAGGAAAGCCUACUGGGGGCCGCCACAAUGGCUGGAAGCAUGCAGCCCUAGAGUUCGGCCUCCUGAGCACACACAAAAGACUGGGAUGGAUUUCUGUGAGUCUGUAAUUCCACCGCUCCUAUAGCCAGAAGGUGGGUGGAGGCAGGAAGAACAGGCCGGAGGCUUGAGGGCCCUCAUUCUGGAGCACAUACACUGACAGAAGCCAAAUAGAACCUGCUUUACCAAGGUGUGCAAGGGAGAGAGUGACUCCAGGAAGUUGUCCUCUGACCUCCACGCAAGGUGUGGCAUGUGCAAGCCUGCCUUUCACAAUAAAAAUAGGAAGAAGGAAAGGAGGUAUUGAGGGUUGUGCCUGUAUCUCAACACAAAAGAUGCAGAGGCUGGGGGGUGCUGCUGGUACCCGACCAGACCUGGAUACAUAGCCAGGGACUGUCUCGGGGUGGGGCGGGGAAGCCUGUGAGUCCAUUUGUCUCAUUUUACACCCAAUCCCGAACAUGCCUUUUACAAUGGGGAAAGAAAAGAAAAGUGAGGCCUAUGGGCUCAGGUCUGAGAUGAAAAGGCUCUGAGUUUGAGGUCAGCUUAGGCUACACUGUGACACUGUUUCAGCAAGGCAAGCAAAAAGAGUAAGGCACUCUCAAAGAUGUUCCCCUAGCCUCCAGGUGGCCAGGAGGGAUUGCUAUUAUACCUGGAGAAAGAUCUUGAAUAUAUAGACGUCGGUUGUAGGCCCUGUCCCCCUGUGUCAUCUGUAGUAUUCUACCACCAUUAACUGCUGCCGCUUUAUUAGCCCUACGAAUGUGGCCACCAAUCUCUCUGGUUCUUCCAGCACCCGCCCUGCCCUCUGUCUAAAAGUCUGUUGCAUUUUGGCAUCCAGUCUAUCUUUGGACUCCUUUCCCUGGUCACAGAGAGCUGUCGUGGGCAGAAUGGAUUACAGUACAGUAGAGUGGAAGUGCCUUGGGUUAUUUCUUACGUGAUGAUCCGUGGUGUUUGGUUUUGGACUUUGAGUUGAAUUUGAGGUCUAACUGGCUCUGAGGAGUAUAGAGACCUACCAUCAUCUCUCCCUCUAUAUUUCAAAUAUUAAACCACUCUGCUUAAUGUUUUAGAAAUGCAUUUGACUACCCCUGCUUUCACCCUGGCAGUCUUUCUGGAGGGGGUUGUUUUUGUGAAUUUCUGGUGAGAUUUCUGUCUACUAGGUUGAUGUAGUAGACAUGUAAGUCAGAAAUGGUAUUUUAAGUGUUUCCCAGGGAAGGUUGGUGAGUAACUUACCGCGCGUUGUUUUGGGUGUUCUGUACUGUUUGGAAUGUUUGUCGUAGCUAUGGGCCACUGAAGUCUAUUUGAUAUUUUCAGUUGUCUUUUAAAAUGUGUUUGAAACAUGCCUUGACUUGACAUUGUUAGGGCGGAGGAGAGUUGUCACUGGAAAGGAGAGAGACUCCCUGCCUAUCCAUGGGCAGCCUGGGAGGUGACAGCAGUGAGACUUGGAAGGCCUCAUAGAUUGUGACUGAUCUUGGGCUGUUGAGAUGGCUCAGCAGGUAAAGGCCGUUUGCAGGCCAGGUCCGACAGCCUGACUUGUGACAGUGACGGAACAGAACUGACGGCUGGAAACUGUUCUGACUUCCAGGAUGUACCACGGAAUCCAUGUACACACAUGCGUUACAAUACAAGAUUAUUUAAAAACCAAGACUGAUCACUCUAAAGUCAGGCAGCUCACCGAGUCAUCAGUGAGAGGGUAGACAAGGAAUGGGCCCCGUUGAACCUUUUCUGUGCUGUGGUUUCUGCUGACAGACCAGAGGAUAAGCCCAGCCUUCUCUGAGAAGAGCUAGCGUGUUUGCUUGGAGGUCUUAAAGCAGAAACCCUUAUAUGACCUGAAGACAAAAAAAGUCAGAGGGAUGCAGGAGAGAAGGAAUCACAAACCUCCUCAGAAGAUGCAGAAAGGACAUGAUUAGCCCUCCUGAUUUGAGAAUAAAAUUUGGCUGUAAAUACAAUAUCCAAAUGUCCUGACUUCACAUCUUCAUUCUCCAGAAAAAAAAAAAAUUAAAAAUAUCUACAUAUGCUAUUUAAGCACCGGCUGCUGUAACCCUGCCUCCUCCCUUUUACCUGCUGGAAACUACCACAGGAGGCAGGGUGUUCUGUUGUGAAGGGCUUCUGGGGCUUCCCACUGGAGCCCGAUCCACUGUGUCGUGCACUCUGAUUUCUCGGCACAUCGAUUCUGCAUCUCUGGAGGCUUUCGGUUAUUUAUUACCCUCUCACUUGAGUCUGAAUGAAUCCUGGGGGGUUCAAGGACGUGAUGUGUAAUACUUGAGAGGGAAACGCUUUUGUUCUACAAACUACAUGUGGAAAGUUGGAGAACAGCCACCUGCAAUUCUUUGGUCUCUGCCACACGAGUGUGUGGUCUAAGGCUUUGUGGAGUCAAGUUUACUAAAGUGUCAGUACUUCUCAGCCAGGGUGCUUGUCAGACAAGAGCCCUGAGCAAGCAGAAACCUAGUGACACUUCCCACUAUAUGUCCCGCCAAGAGCUGGCACAGAGAAAUGACAGGCAAGGUCCAUGAGAGCAUGCUUUUGCUUCAAGAAGCCCGUCUGCCCUGCGCUCAUGAGACUGCUCCUUGCCAUGGGACACAUUUACUGGGUUUUUCCUGGCAUCAACUCCAUGCUCUUUUGGUGGGAAGAAGGGCUUCCUUGCUUCUGGGGACAGCAUUAGUCCCAGGACAGGAGUAUGGACCGUAGACAACAGUCCUCCCCAUACAAAGGGGUAGCAAUAGACAGGCGUCCUCUGCCUGGGCCCAGGAGAUCUGUGAAGUUACAGCCUUUUGCUCCGUUUAUCGUGUUAGCUCCGAUCUGCCCUGUAUUGCUGCUUACGUGUUUCUUCCUGUACCCUAACGUUUCACUCUCAGCUCCCCCAAAACAUUCAACCACUCACAAUUUGUAGCACUGGAGAAUGGGGACUUCUAUAAAGUCUUAAAGGACUGAGUGAUGUGGCUCAUUAGUUAGCUCCUCCUCUCCCUGGAGACAGAGUGCCCUGGGGCUGUAGCAGGAGGAACCUUGCUGUCCGUCGAUGUCUGGGUUUCCAUAGGAAGGCUUGCUCCUUGUAGGGAUCAUUUCUUACAUAUUUCUGACGACUGUUAAUCUCUAACAAGUGGUAAGCCUGAUUCCUAUGACACCCCUCACCCCACACACACUCAUACUCGACACACUGACACCUAGAUCCUGUUGGCACGUCCCAGAAUCUUUGGGGCAGCUCUUCCUCCCUGACCCCAAGAAUCAGAGAGUACCGGUACCACCCCAAAGGGUGUCUGGAAGAGGCUUGAGCUCAAUUUCUCCUUUUGUUUCUCCACUCUGGCCACCUCUGUUUUUUGUUUUUGUCUCCCAGGAACUAUUUCCAGUUACUAUCUCCUGGUGGUAUCUUCUGCUUACCCCUGCCCACCUUCCAGUGACCCUGAGGGCACAGACCUGAGUGACCCGUGUGGCCUGUGCAGAGCUCAGAGCACUGUGAGGCCACUCAGGGACAGAUCGGUUGGUACCUGGUGCUGCCUGCAGAACUCGGUCUUCAGUCCUGCACACCCCCCACCCCACUCCGCUGACUCCCUGAGAGGUAGCAGGGCAGUCACAGUGUGACCCCUGUGCCCUAGCUGCUGGGCCUGACCUGGACAUAGCUGUAUGGGGCUGCUGCUUGCUUGUUUUCUCACCAGGCCUGCGCCAACACUUGGCCACUCCCCAGGCCCCCGAAACUGUUCCCCAGUGGGGACUUAACACCACCUUCCAUUAGCUAAGUGACUGUAUGCACACCUCAUACUUCCAGCAUCCAAGGAUGUGGAGGUGAGGAGGAUUGUUUUAAAUAAAUAAAAUCCAAGGAGUCAGUAGACGAUUCUUUUUGCUUUAAAAUCUUUGGACUAAAGAUAUGUUUUUAUAUAUAUAAAUAUAUAAAGUAAAUUGUUAUGUAACUAUUAUUGUUUCCUGUAUGUUCUAAUUUUGUUUUAUGAUGUAAUUAAAGGAAAUAAGCUGUGAA